UGGAGCGAAAGGGUCGACCGUUCGACCAGGCUCGAGGCUCAUUUCGAAGACGCCGUACGACCACGAACCGCGCACACGAUUCACGCUCGCCUCUCCAUCCCACCCAAAAAGUCGGAAAAAUAAUAAACAAAACCCGCGGUUUGCACAUACGCACGCUAUCUAUCUGUAUACAUGCAUAUGCGGUGAGUGUGCUGAAGAUAGAAGAAGUUCGUAUAUCUUUCGAGUUUCCCUCCCCAUCAAACGGUCUCACCGAACAUCUGUGUAUGUCGUGUUCGUUGUAUACAUCGCGAGUGGAUAUGACCAAAAUGUGUCUCCGGCUUUGAAUCCUCUCCUCUGGAUACAGUAUAUCACAGACUCUCUCGUCGCCAAUGAACUGAAGAAGCGCUCGUUCGGGCCUCCAUGUACUCGGAUGGAUGAUUUUCUAGACGCGAACUAAGAUUUAUUGAUUUGUCGCUUAAUGAUGGACUGCAAUGCUUCACUGAUGGCUGAUCCGGGAGCGGAAGCUACGAACAACGUGUCCUGCAUCCUCGAGGAUGGUGACCAGGACGUAACGAUACACGCAUUCAACGCCUCCAAUGUGGACACGACGGUCAUCGAGAAGAUCGAAACUGUAGAAUGCAAAAACAAUUCAUGUGAAGGAAGCGACAGCGGCGUGGAAGUGAUCGAAAGUGCGUGUAAUCUGCAAAGGACUGUGAGCACGAAUUCCCAAGAAUUCGUAAAUUCAGCGCAGAGUUGCGACUCUUCAAUAAUCAGCUGCUGCUCCAAUUACGAUGAAGCUUUCAACCUUCUGGUGCGAAGAAAUUCGACUCUGCUCGAUGAUUACAAGUUGCGCAACGUGGAUGGUACCAGUGAGAAUGGUAGCGAGAGCAGCUCGGUGGCAUCCACGAAGAUCUCGAAGCGCGCGAACGCGAGUCAAACCAAGAAGAAGGUCAUCUUGGAGAACAAGAGGCUGACCUCCACAUCGAGCAGAAUGAAGCCACCUCCAACCCAGAAGGCCACGCCGACGACCCGCAGCAAAUCGACGGAGAGGACUCUCCCAAAGACUCCAAAAUCUAUACAGAAGACGACACGUACGAAGCCAGAUAAUUUGGGUUUAGCGUCGCAAACUCCGCAACCGAAACGCAGCCUGAUGAGGGUUCAAGCCAUAAAUAGGACACCUUCAACCACCCCAACGGAGGACGGUCGUUGGCCAUCCUCCUACACCAAACCUGCGACAUCCAUGACCCGUUCCUUGCGCGGCGUUCUUCCGCUCGAAUCAUCCCCGAAACCACGUCCAACCACAUCCAUCAUCUCAGAUACCCGCAACACACUCGACAAGUACGCAACUUUACCUAGAAGAAGAAAAGAACGCUCCGCUGAUAACAUUACAGAUUUGCAUGGUAAAAGUGCGGCCAAGAGUCGCGAAAACAGCGUUACCCGUUACGCUACGCUCAAGAAGACGCCGUCACGUGACACCACUCCUGUAAAAACCCUUCCACCUUACCCCAAGAAGAAACAGGUAAUUAAAACUAAAAUCUACCAUGAGACGAGCGUACAGACGGCUUUGAAUCUACAAGAUAUCGAGAAUGCUUUGGCCGGCAUCAAUUUCGAGCCGAAAAGCUCCGAAGAUGUGGAGAAGUGCUGCAAAGAGGUACAGGUGGAUUACGCCAAGGACGAAAUCGAAUCCCUGCAAAACCAGCUUGAUCUUCUGAAAGAAAAGUACGAAUCUUUGAGUAAAGAGCACGCGGCGCAGGGUAACCAGUUGAAGGAGAACGAGUUGAAGCUGGAAGAGGAACGAGUUGAAAAGGAAGGACUGAGGGAGGAGCUGAAGAACAACAACGAGAGAGUCAUAGCUAUGUUAGGACAAAACAAUUCAGAUGAGAAUAAUUCGGACAGUUUGAUGGUACUGGAAUCGCAAUUCCAGAACGUCAGUUCGAUCAUCGUCAAGCAAGAGGAGGAAAUCUCGAAGCUAAACAUGUACUGCCGCGCGCUUCAAAGAGAUUUCGACAAGAGUUUGGCGAAUCAGUGCAUUCUGAAGCAGCAACACCAGGAGCUGGAGGAAGAGAGCAAAGAACUUCAAGAGUUCCUGCACAUGGAGAAGACAACACUGUCCGAAGCGCUCAAGGAUAGCGAGUUUGAAAACAAGCGAAACAAAUCGAUUAUGGCACAAAAAGAGAAGGAGCUGGAGUACAAACAAGACGAGUGCAACCAGCUGAAGAGGAUCAGCGAGCAGAGGAGACAGGAGAACGUGGCGCUUCAGGCAAGAUUCAGAGCGUUGGAGGCGAAAUGCAGAGAGCUUCUGGUCCAUCAAGGAAGCGCCGUCUCGGGAGCGGCCGUCGCUUUAUCAGCACUCUUAAACAGAUUGGAUUGUCUCAUUAAUGAGUUGGUCAGUUCUUACAGCAUCUCAGAGCAGGAAUUGGACGAUGUUAUCUUUCACAACGAAGCUUAUAGCAACAGCAGUAGCAGCCCAGACGUGACUCCGGAUAAAUGCAGGAAAUUUAUCGUGGACAAAACGCAAUCCCCGAAACGCGGCUCAUCUUUUGUUUCAGCGGUAAUUAACGCCAUCAGGAGCGCAACUGCACAAUCACCGUUCACUACAAGCAAUCGGGAGAAUAGCAAAGAUAACAUUACAGAUAAUUCGGAUUCGACGGAAUUACUGGAUUCGGAGACGGAGCCUUGUUUGAUGAUGGAGCACGUCCUGGAGGAUGUUUUCGUACCGGACGGUCAUUCUCACAAUAUGAUCUCUUCGGGUCACAGUCUGACCUCUUCGCUGAGGCUGAGCCAAAGUGAGAGUCUGAACAGCAUCCCCCAGAUGACGAGCAACAGGAGCAACAUGUCUUCGCUCACGGAUUUCUGCUCGGUGUCGUUAGUAGAUCAAAUCAUCGACGUAGACAAUCUGGUCACGCGAUUGCUGAAGGUCAUCCGGAUCAUCCAGUUGGCCAACGAGGAUUAUAUCGUAGAGGAACGCGAAAUAUUCGCGGAUGAAAUGAAAUCCCAGAGGGACACAAAUAAGAUAGUCGUCAAGCAACUCAAGGACUGGGAGAUUCUGGGUGCCAAAUUGAAGGGAGAGGUUAGCGACCUUCUGCAUCAGUUGGGAAGAAAGAACAGCGAAUUCGAGGAUAUCAGAAACGAAUUGAAUCAACAAAGAGUGGAAGUCGAGAAAUUGAAUCAAGAUGUAUGCGAUUUAUCGACGGCCCUAUCGAAAUCCGAACGGGAGAUUAAAGUAAAAGAGGAAGAAGGUACAGAGGCUUUAAAGAGAUGGGAGGCGACUGGUGAAGUGCCAAGCGCCGAGGUGAUGGGAAAAUUAGUUAUAAGUUUGAACGAGGUUCCUACAUUGGAAGCGAAACUUGUCGACAAGGAGAAGCAUCUGAACGAGUUGACUUUAGAGUACAUCGCGUACAGACAGACACUUCAAGAUAAUUUGAACGAAGCUUUAAACGAAGCGAAGAAACAGUACGACGCAAUCGACAAUGCUUUAGAGAUCCUGCAUGAUAUCCAACCGGUAGUCCAACAAUGCGCGCCUUUGGCGAAGCUGCAGCAAGAUUUAGAGGAAGCCAGCUUCCAAAGCGCAUCAGCGAUGCCCUCAUCCUUGCUACCUGAUAACAAUUCAGCACUAGUUCGGGCCAUGGACACCUUGAACUUAACGGCAACGGUUGGUUCGAUCGCUUGAGGAUCCAUGAUUGGGUAAAAGAGAUAUUUAUACUUAAAAAAAAGUAAACUUGAAGAAGAAGAAGAAGUAGAAGAAAAAAAAUAACGACUUCCCUCUAGUAUAUAUACAAGGCUGAAUUGAUUGUUGAUGCCAUUAGUAACGUAAUAAUGAAGAAAACGAAAUUCGUCCAAAGUGAUAUAGAUUUUAAUCAGAUUGCGCUAAAAAUAUUUUUCAGAGCGAUUCGUAGAUUAUUUUCUUCCAUUCGAUAAAAAAUACGAGAAUAUUAUUAUUAUUUUUUUAAAAAAAUAUUAUCGUAGUCCGUUUUAAAAUCCCUGCGAAGCGAAAAUUAUUAUGUAUCAUGUAUUAUGUAAAUUUUAUUCUUUCUUUAUAUGAUUAUCAAUUUUCUAAUCGAGGUUGCUUCUGUCUGGACAAUUGAUUCACGUACUCUCCAAUUUGAAAAUCGUAUACCGCCAUUCAUGUAUAUAUCAAUUAUUCCCUAUAUAUUU